AUCCCCUCGCAGACGUUUAGUCGCUCGCAAAAACCAAAACAUGACGAUACGCAAUGAGCCAUUAGACGGGCUUGUCGGGGCCGAGCACCCGCGGAAUUGGCCAACCCGCAAGAAGUGGACGACGAUUAUUCUUGUUUCAGUUAUUACCUUCAACCAGGCCAUGUCCUCUACAAUGUUCACGCCCGGCAUCGACAAGGCCAUGGAAGACCUGCAGGUCACCAACCCUGCCAUGGUCAAGCUCACGAUAUCAAUUUACGUCAUCGGGUUGGCCGUCGGCCCGCUGGUCAUGUCGCCGCUCAGCGAGCACCACGGCCGCAUGCCCGUCAUGCAUGCCACCAAUGCCCUGUUCCUGGUCGCCUCGAUUGCCUGUGCCGCCAGCGUCAACCUGCCCAUGCUGCUCGUCGCCAGGUUUGUGUCGGGCGCUGCCAACACGUCGCUGGGCGGCGCCUACGUGGCGGAUGUUAUGCCGCCCGCCCUGCGCCAGCGUGCCAUGAACGUGUGGACUGUUGGUCCAGUGCUGGCACCCAUCGUUGGCCCUAUCGUCGGCGGUUAUGUUUCAAUGUACACUACUUGGCGCUGGACGUUUGGCAUCCUAAGCAUUUUGGCCGCCGUUGACAUCAUGAUCACGGUGCUCUUCCUCCAAGAGACCUACCCGCCUCGGCUUGCACAGCUGAAAGCAAGGCAGCAUCAGAACAACACCACCGCAGCCCCCCUCCAACAAGGACCUGACUUGAAGACAUCCAUGGCCAGGCCGUUCCUCCUCCUGCUCUCAUCUCCAGCCCUGGUCGUAGUGUCCUUAUUCCUCGCCAUCGCCUACAGCUACAUGUACAUCAUGUUCACCACCUUUGCUGACGUCUUCGCCGAGACGUACGCCUUCAACCCGGGGGAGGUGGGUCUGAGCUACCUGGGCCUGGGGAUCGGGUGUCUGCUGGGCCAGUACUCGCUGGAUCUGUUCAUGCGGCGAUACAUAUCCGACGAGCCGCGACCCGAGCGCAACCUCCCGGUCCUGAUGGCGGGCAGCGUCCUUCUUGCGCUGUCCCUGUUUUGGUACGGGUGGGCGCUCGAGCGUCGGACUCACUGGAUCGUACCCAUUCUCGGCACGGCCGUGUGCGGCUUCGCCAUCAGCCUGUUCUUCCUCGGCGUGCAGACCUACAUCGUUCAGGUCUACCCCUUGUACGUGGCCAGCGCUCUGGCCGCCAGCACCGCCGUCCGCUGCAUAUUCGGGCUGACGGUACCGCUAUCGACGCCGGCCCUGUACGGUCGGCUGGGCUACGGCUGGGGGAAUUCACUGUUGGGUUUCCUUGCCAUGGCCAUAUUUCCGGCUGCGUUGUGGCUGUGGCGGGGCAGCAAAGGGUUGUGCAAAGAGGAGUUGAGGCAGUGACGUAUUGGUUGAAGACAAAAAUUGGAGAACAUGGUCAAAUACCUUCCAAGGUCAAUGGGUCUGCGGCCAGGUUAGCCCAGAUAAUGUCUUGGCAACAGUAGAAGCUGUAUAAGAGGCAGCAUGGCGUAUGAGGACUAGAACUAGUAUAAGAGCGGUAACAUGGGUAGUGAGUAUCAGAAAAUGCUGUAGCCAAGGCGAUAGUGUACGAUAUUUGUUAUCGUAGCAAAAGAGCACCUUUUCCAGGUCCUUUUUUUUUUUUUUUUUUUUUUAAAAAAAAAAA